GAGCGGUUCGUUCGUGCCUCUUAUUCGGACUGAGUUUGAAGCGUCUUUAUCGCGCACCAGUCUACGUGCGUACAUUUUCAUUCUACCUGGACAGGGUUGUUAUUGAGUUAACAAACUUUCUGGAAACAUGAGUAUUGAGUGGAACCGUAGACAAAUUCAGCAAGUCGUAGACCUGUACAGAGAAAAGCGGGAACUGUGGGAUCAUGCAGAUGAUAAUUAUCAUACAAAAAACAAGAAAAAUGACGCUUGGCUGUGGAUUGCGAAUGGUAUGGGCUGCAAAGUCGAUGAAGUGAAGAAGAAGAUGGCCUCCUUAUUGUCUUCGUACAGAAGAGAAAGAAUGAAAAUGAAAAAGUCUAUGUACUCUGGAAAAGGACGGGCUAGCACUUGGUUUGCUUUCAAGUACUUCACAUUCCUGAAAGAAAAAUACGCACCUACACGUAUCAUGAAGACAGAAAUCAUUUCUGAUGAUGAAGAAGACCUCCAAGAUUCUUCACAAAAUGUUUUUGGAGAAGCAUCAAGUAUAGAUCACACUUCUCGUGAGGAAUUUGCCACAUGUGCUGCCACUAAUGAAGAAGGAAGGUCGCGCAAACGAAAAGUUUCCCAGUCUGCUAAACAACAGAAUAUGAAAAGCAAGAAAAAAGAAGAACCAAGGCCCAUGCAAGCGUACAGUACUUUGGAUAGCGUGGGAAAUGUUCAUCACGAUGAAUGCUCUACUUUUGGCGAACAUAUUACAACAAAGCUUCGAAAAUUUGACGAGAGACGAAGAACAAUUUUAAUGCAUAAGAUAAAUAAUUUGAUCUUCGAGGAAGAGAUGUGCCUGUACUCACAGCAACAUACAUCAGAUGCUGCAUCUUUUUCUCUCACUGUCUCUCCUCAUUGUAGUCCUGAUCCACCACAGUUCUAACAGAUUUCAUGUCAUUCAUAGUUAAGUAUUCAACCUCUUCACCCUAUUCAUCCUCAAGCUCAUUCAUCUACUGUUUUUCAUAGUCAGUAAUGUCAUGCCAAAUCACAUCAUUUGUAAGUCGCCAAACAAUCACAACCAAAUCUGUUCAUUCACUUCAGCAAUUGCAACCACUAGAUACAACUGAAUCCAUAAUUAUUACGUGCUGUUUAAAUAAUUUUGUACCUUAAGUGUAUUUUGUCUGCACUAAUGUGUUAAA